AGUGGACGUGCCACCGGCCAGAACCACUUUUGUUGCUCGGCCAUGGGAAUUUGGGUGAAAUGGGGCUGGCUUUCAAAUAUCAUUUCUGCCCGUUCAGUUUGCCACUAGCCACGGCAGUCGCUGGUGUCGCUCUGGAGAAAGCAAAAACCAAAAAAAAAGAAGACGCGAAAGAGAGUUCCAGUGAAAUGAGUAGAGCUUCGAUUGGACUAGUGAUCUGCCUGGUGCUGGUCCUCCUUGGGCCGGGCCAAACCUUUGCCGAGGAGCAGCAGCAGCCAGCUCGCCCGGAAGCCACGCCGGUUUCGCCACUGCUAAAGCAGUCCCAGAACACCUUCAUCCAGUGGGUGCUCUCGCUGUUGCCCCAACGUCCGGGCGGCUCGGAUGGCGAGACCGCCACGCUGGCCACCCUGAGCAGCAGCUCCACGAAGCCAGAGCCCGCGAGCAGCAGCAGCACCACCACCACCACCUCGACGACGCCAGCGCCCUCCUCCAGCAGCACCACCACCAGGCGGGCCACCACAGCGGCGCCACCCACCCUCAGUCCGCCGCGCAACUGCACGGACUGCGUCUGCGGCAUAGCCAACAUUCAGAAGCGGAUUGUCGGCGGACAGGAGACGGAGGUGCACCAGUACCCCUGGGUGGCGAUGCUCCUCUACGGCGGACGCUUCUACUGUGCCGCCUCGCUGCUGAACGAUCAGUUCCUGCUGACUGCCUCCCACUGCGUGUACGGCUUCCGGCGGGAGCGGAUCACCGUCCGCCUGCUGGACCACAAUCGCAAGAUGUCCCACACGCAGAAGAUCGAUCGGAAUGUGGCGGAGGUGAUUACGCAUCCGAAGUACAAUGCCCGCAACUACGACAACGACAUUGCCAUCAUCAAGCUGGACGAGCCGGUGAAGUUCGACGAGGUGCUGCAUCCCGUGUGCAUGCCCACGCCGGGCAGAAGCUUCAAGGGGGAAACUGGCAUCGUCACCGGCUGGGGCGCCCUCAAGGUUGGCGGUCCCACCUCGGACACACUGCAGGAGGUGCAAGUGCCCAUCCUGUCCCAGGACGCAUGCCGCAAGAGUCGCUAUGGCAACAAAAUCACGGACAACAUGCUCUGCGGCGGCUACGAUGAGGGUGGCAAGGACUCGUGCCAGGGCGACAGCGGUGGACCGCUGCAUAUUGUGGCCAGCGGUACGCGAGAGCAUCAGAUCGGCGGUGUUGUCUCUUGGGGCGAGGGCUGUGCCAAGUCCGGUUAUCCUGGUGUCUAUGCACGCGUGAACCGCUACGGCACCUGGAUCAAGAACCUCACCAAACAGGCUUGCCUCUGCCAGCAGGAGACCAAGAAGAUCAAGUAGUUCUGCGCUGGGUUCUUCCAGUAGUCUUGCUCUCAAAAUACUCUGUCAGAGAAAUGUUCGAUUCCCAAAUACUUUAGCUCUCAACUGAAAGAUGGGUUUUCAGCAGGACAAACCCAUUGUUUCUUUACCAAAACAAAACCAAACUUAUAUCUAAGGAAAGUCGAACUUUUUAGUGAAGAAAAAAGCUCAAGACUUUCUUCAGAUGUACUUAGAUUCUCCGCCCUAGAAUCGUCUUCCAGCUCUGCCAGAGUAUCCCGACUUCGGCUCCGUCGAAGAUCACAUUCUCAAGCUGUUUUAUAUUUAUUGAUUAAAAGAAAAUU